CGCGAGCCGUAUGCAGAAGACAGGAGCUUCUGGAAGGAGCAGUGGAGGAGGCAACAGUACCUAAACAAGACCUUGGAGCCGAUGUGUUUUGAUGCUUGAUGAUGUACAUAAACUUUACAGAUCCCUGAGCCUAAUGAUACGGGUUAAAUGAGGAGGUCAUGCCCGAUACAGGGGAGAACAGCUUCAUCCCUUCAUCUGAGAUAAAUGCAAGUGGCUAAAACAGCGUUCUCCAAAAUGCCAAACAGCAUCAGCAGGGAGGAGCAUGUGAAGCCAGGACUGCUGAAGAAACACAAGCUAUGGGUCGUGCUGCUGGUUGCAACUGCAGCCUCGCUUGUCUCCAUGUGGUUUCUGGUGUUGAAUGACCGACCUCACAUCAAGGUUCCAGAAGCAGAACUGUGUCAAGAACUGUUAAGCAACGUGACGCAACCUCAGAAGGUGAGUGAGCACUGGAGCCUGAGACAUGUGAAGUUAAUGCAGAGCUGCCGCUGGACCUUCAAUGCUUCUGCCUUGGCCCAGUACAGGACACAGCUAGGGCACUACUGCAAUGCCUCAGCCUGGUUGGCUGUGACACAAGAAAACACACCACUGGGAUCCAAGAUUGUCUUCGAUGGGUAUCGCUCAAAGAGCUUGAAAGUCAGCAGCGGCUUGCUGGAGAUCCUGCCAGAGAAAUCCCCAUUUCAGGACCUUCUCUACAAAACCUGUGCUGUGGUGGGAAAUGGAGGAAUCCUCAGGAACAGUAGCUGUGGCUCUCAAAUCGAUGGGUACCAGUUUGUAAUCAGGUUUAACCUGCCAUCUGCAGACUUCCCUGAGGACGUGGGCAGAAAGUCAAGCAUUGUCACUGUGAAUCCCAGUAUCCUUCAUAAACGGUUUCAUGGUUUGAAUGGCCGGCGUCUGCCAUUUGUGGAGGCAGCAGCUUCCUAUGGAAAGACUUGGUUCUUCAUCCCAGCUUUCUCCUACCCUGGCAACAGUGAGGCUUCUUACCGGGCAUUCUAUGCCUUACAGGACUCUGAGUCCCAGUCACACGUCUUCUUCUUCCACCCUCAGUACCUGAGUGCUCUAAGCAAGUACUGGCAUGAUCGUGGUUUUCACACCUAUCGCCUGUCCUCAGGUUUCAUGCUGGUGAAUGCUGCUCUGGAGUUGUGUGAACACAUUACACUCUACGGCUUCUGGCCCUUCUCUUUGCACCCUGAUGGCCAUGCCCUGCCCCAUCAUUACUACGACAACGUGCUUCCCAACCAAAGGAUACACAUCAUGCCCAGAGAGUUCGCUUACUACGUGGAUAUGCACUUCCAGGGGGUCCUUCGGCUGCACGUGGGGCGGUGCUAAGGGGCCACGUCAAAGGGAAAGCAAUGUGGCAUCUAAAGCAGAUGGUGUCUGCUGUUGUUCUUAUCCAUUCUGGGAUCUCCUGGUGAGAACGCGCAGACCCAGAUGCAAACCUAGAGUCUCUAGGGGUGAAAAAUAUGCCUCCUUCUCUUUUCCAUACUGUCCCACU